AACGGCAUCGCUUGGCUGUGCUUGGCAGUGCCUGGCCGUGCUUGGCAGUGCCUGGCGAUUUACUACUGUCAGUCAUUGGAAUCCCUGAUUUCCCGUGUUGGAGGUUGUGGUCAGACCUAGUUGUCUUGGUUGCACUUCCCAGGCCGGCAGGAGGCAUUGGGUGGGGGGAGUUUGGGGGCGUUGGGGGAGAUGAGUUGAGGUGAAGCCAGCAACCGCCACCAUGUGGAAGAUCUUUUGCUGCGGGAGAAAGUCAGAGGCGACGUCGCCCUCGGGCGCCCUCACCAGCAGCGCCCAGACCAGGCCGCCGCAGGUGGACGCGGCUGGCGACGGCGCCUUCCAGGAGCAGUGGUACGACAUCCGAGACAAGGAUCUCGGAAAGCUGCACAGAGCUGCCAGCCUAGGCGACGCCUCCAAGGUGCAGCGGAUCCUUUCACGGAAGAAAAGCGUCUUAGAUGCUAAAGAUAAGAAGAACAGGACUGCUCUCCAUUUGGCCUGUGCCAAUGGCCAUUCGGAAGUGGUUACUAUCCUUGUGAACAGCCUGUGCGACAUUAACGUCUGUGACAGCACAAAGACAACACCCCUGAUGAAGGCAGUGCAGUGUCAUAAAGGAGAGUGCACAAGCAUCCUUCUUAAAUACGGCGCUGACCCAAAUCGUACUGACAUCUACGGCAACACCGCUCUUCACCAUGUUGCGUAUCAUCAGGAUGUGUCGCUAGCGGCAAAGCUCCUCUCAUAUGGCGCAAAUUUGGAAGCAUUAAACAAGGAUCACCUUACUCCACUUUUACUUGCUGUAAGAAGAACAAAUGACGAAAUGGUGAAAUUUUUAGUAGAGCAGAAUGCAAAUAUAAAUGCAGUAGAUAAGAUGGAAAGAACGGCCCUCAUGCUUGCUGUACAUACUGGAUCACCAAAGAUAGUCAGCCUUCUUCUUCGGGAUGAUACUUUCUUAGGAUAUCUUUGGGUGGACUGCAGACAGUCACGCCGCUGAUAGUAGUUUUAAGAUGUAAUUGUUUACAAUAAAAGUCUAGUUAACAAUGAA